AUGGACACGCAAGCAGAGUCAUCUGACGAUCAGUCACGAGCUUCAGGCGCGCAUUCGCCAUCUUCCUUCCGCACUGUAACUAAGAAUUUUAAGACUCAAACGAGCGAGCUGCUUACAGUUUUCUUGGAUAGCGGUUCGCAGUACAGCUUUAUUUGCACUGCGUUGGCCAAACAUCUGGGCCUAACAUUCAGGAAUACCAGGACAGUGACGACCCUGACGUUUGGAGGACAUGAACUUACGGAAGAAUCGUCAGAGGUCACUCUCACGCUAUGGGAUCAAUAUGAACAUCCGAUCCAGCUUGUGCUAUGGACGCGCGAGAAGAUUACGACGGUCCCCCGAACUAACGACCGCAUCGACAAUACCAACGUCGAUCCUGCAGACAGAGUGGAUGUCGACGUGCUCAUUGGAAUAGACAACUAUUGGCGUGUUGUUGAUUUGCACAGGAAUGAGAGGCUUCCAUCAGGACUCAUCCUGUCACACACGAGAUUUGGACCAGUUCUGUCCGGCAUACAACACCCAGUUGUCUCCAAUAGUCUCUCGACCGCUCACACAUCAUCGGACGAAGACGAGCCAGAGAACGAACGACUUGAGCGUAGUCUCUUUGGACUCGAUACACUCGGAAUGGAUGAAGGCGAAGAUGUGGACGAUGCCGAAGUCAUCAGGCAGUUUUACAAUAAGGUCGCCAUUGUAGACGGCAGCAUUUAUGUCUCGUUUCCGUGA